AUGUCUUCGUCGUCCCCUGAGAUCGCAGACUCUCGCCUUGAAGACGAACACGCCCACUUGUCCCAUGCCGCCAGCUACAACCACCUUCCGGAUCUGCUGGCCUCCGAAACGAGCCGGCCUGGUCUGCGGAGAACUUUCUCGGAUCUGAACCACCCCAUCCAGACCGAGUCUCCGUCAAAGGAGGAUGUGGCUGCAGGCAAAGACAUCUUGCGACGGACCUCCCUUCGGUCCAAGAACAAACCAACCAUCGCUGUAUCUCGUUUUACCGUCUCUACUGAGGAUUUGUCAGAUCCGACUGGCCCGGAGACCUCCGUGCCUCCUACCAAGGUUCCGGAAACAAGGGCACCCUCGCCCGUUGCUCGCCCCUCUAAAGCCCGUUCGAUGUCCGGGAGACUGGCCAGUUUGGCUCGGAAACCCUGGAUAUCAAGUUCUCCUCCUUCCGGGAAAGGUUCCCGGCUCCGUUCUCUGCGUACAGAGGAACAAACCCUAAAUCCACCGAUAACACCAUCCAAGACCGGCGGCCAAACAGACCCGGGGACAGAACCAGAGUCUACUGUCCCUUCCCGCCGGCGAACUAUCCUACAAAAACGGCCACGGCGCCCGAUGGUCGCGGUGGUGACUCAGAGUCGAGCAGAUAGUCCGAGCACUCCCAGUAGUUAUUCUCCUCAGUCAUUAGUGGCUAAGAAUUCCCUGGAAAAACUCACUGCAACCCUGAACGUGUCGACACCGGUCCUGCCCCCAGUGCCCAAAGCACCGGCAACUGCGAAUCUCGCCGGAAGUAUGGACAUGCCGCGGAAGAAGGAUGAGCUCUGGGGCGUUUUCCGAACCCUUGAGGCCGACUUUCAGAAGUUCCAGGCCAAGUCCAGCGCUCUGAAGGCCAACGUCAUCCGCUCCUCACUUGUGCCGUUCCUACAUCGAAACCCGUCACAUCCGUCCUGUAGGAAUUUGCGGCCCGAGGACUUAGAUCGCCGCGUAAACAUCCUCAACAAGUGGUGGACAGGAUUGUUAGAAAUGCUCAACGGCAAGAACAACCAGUCCAUAUCCGGGACGGAUAGGCCCGUGUACUUGGAAGCAAUUGUCGGUAUUAUGACUCGACCUGAAUGGCGGAUUCCUUUUCCGCUACCUCCAUCAAGUGGCAGUUUCCCAAAGCCUCUUAAGCAUGCGUCGACUUCAAUCUCGGAGGACUCGGAAGGCUCGUCAGGGUCCGAUUUUCUCCUUGAAUCUAUCCAUCACAACAUAAGGAAUAUUUUCACGCAGAACCUAUUGUCUCAGAUGUCUUUUGUGGUUGAAAGAAUGUCCAUGAGACAUGCACCCGCCAGCUUAGUGGCUUUCUGUGGCAAGGCUUGUGCAUACGCAUUUUUUUUCUGUCCAGGAGUUGCAGAUAUUCUCGUGCGACUAUGGAAUACACCCCCCAGCAUCUUUCGGCGAGUGCUCUCCCAGUCAAAUCCCGACAAGAGUAACGGCGCGAGAGCGCUGACACAAGAACUCGCCGUGAACUUUCCGGCGGCCCUGCGGACGCUGGCUUUCCACGCCCAUACAGCUUUGGUGCGAUACCUUCGUCAAAAGCCCGAUGUGCCUUUAAGCACCGCUCAGAUUCCAUGGCAAAGUCCGUGGGUUUCCCGAUGGAGCGGCCGGGAUACGGAUCUCUUUUUCGUAUUCGUCAAGUACAUCCACGUUCUAUACGCUGACGCUCUGCCCCCAGAGCUCGAGAGAACGAAGCGGUUAUUGGCACCAGGCCUGCUUCCCAUCCAUUCGCAACUCCUCGUUGUUCUAGAGGAUACGCUCUACAAGCAAUCGGUACCACAAAUGCCGGAAAGCACUCACACAGCUGCUGCGGUCACAUUCGAUGAUUUUAUUGAAGGGACGGAUGCAGCCGUCUCGGCACUUCCUUUGGGAGCGGCGAAUAGCCAUCGUUUGAUGGCUGAGAAUCGCUUGAUCAUCCUGCUCCGGGAUUUUCUCUCGGAAUCUUCCCUCGAGCCGAAUCACGCAAGGUUACUGUAUGCCGAAUCUUUUUGUACCAUCAUGAGAGCAGCUGCCGAGAGAACAUCACUGUUCGACCAUAAUGCAUGCUUUCUUCUGUGUGACUUUGUAGAAGAAGUCAUCCCCAUCAUCACACGCUAUUCCCACUCUAUCGGGUCUGACUUGUUUGACUGGAAGUUCUGGUUAGAGGUUUGUCGUCAGAUGAUGCAAAGCCACAACUCUCUCACCGAGGUCAGGGUGUUCUCCUUCCUUUUCGGCAUUUGGAGCACAUGGAUUACGUCAGAAAAAAGGAAAUCAGAUCUUUGCCUGGGCUUCCUCCUGGACGAAUCGAUCUUCUACCACUACUUUAGUCAUUGGAGUCCAAUGGUUCGUGCAUAUUUUCACCGUCUGCUGUGCUGGAGGCUGGGGAGGUUCAAUGAUGAGCCCACGUCUCUUGACACCACGAUAUAUGAGACACUAUGGGGCCGACUGCAGCGUACCUGGAAAUACUACCUUGCCUUUCAGGCCAAAGCAGACGAAGAGCUCACCACGCCGCUGUCAUCUGCUCCUUGUACGCCGGCACCAGGGCGAAGAAUCAUUAUUAUCCGGUGUGAUAAUCAGCUGUCGCCGUCAAGCUUUUUUGUGUCCUUUGAUCGCGUCGUCCCUCCGGCACCGCCAGAGAAGGCAUCCGUGCUCUCAAAUAGCAACAUUUCCCUGAAAACGGAAUCAUCCGAAGCGCAGCCCCCACCUAAACGGAAGUGGAGUAUCCUCAAAGCUAUGUUCGGUGGCUCUUCUAGCGUGAAGUCCAACGGUGAGGCGUCUUCCUCCAGCAGCUCUGACGAGUCGGAUUCUGCUAGCUCCGAGAAUAUGGCGUCAGCAGACAAAUGCCUAGACAAUCACUGGCGGCCCCAGAACCAAUCUGGGGAACUCUGUCGGCCCAAGACUGCGCAUCAGCCCUACUCGUUCAAGUUUUCUCUGGAGUGGAUGGACCGGCCUCAGUGGCCUAGCAAAAAUAAGCGUCUUUACACACCCUGUCUUCCCGUGGGGUCGCAGCUGCACCUUCAGCUCCGGAAAUCACUGAUCCAGUCGGAAGAUUGUGAUACAACGUCGGAAUACGUAUCGGCUGCGGAAGGAGACGACGAUGAUAUGAGUUUUGAUCCUCAGGGUGCACCGGAAUCAGACGAACAGGCCCGCGCAGACGAUACAUUGGAGUCAGAAAACCAGCCCAAAGAUCUGGAUAUUAGGCUUGCAUUGAACGACAAGUUUGCGGUCAGUAAGUACGCAGGUAGGGCUCUUGCGGAAUGGGCGCAGAUUGUAUCCGAAUGCGACAGCUUCUUUGCCCGCAGACGCGACGAGGGUGUACCCUGCGAUCGCUUGGUUGAAACACCAACGCUGGGAGUUGAGAGUUUCCGCAAGUAA